AUGGAUCAAGCCACCAUUCUCGUAGUGGCGGCAUGCCUCGCCGCCGCCACAGCAGCACUGAUCUUACGGAGGCCAAGAAACGGCAAACCACCCGGCGGCGUGGCAUUGCUUCCGCCGGUGGCGAGCGGCGUUUCCGCGAUCGCGGCGUUGGGUACGCUCGUAACCAAGGGCCUCCCUGCCGUGAUACACGACCUCCACGGGGAGCUGGGAAGCGUGUUCACGGUGAGCCUCUUGGGGUUGAAGAAGGUGACGUUCCUGGUCCGGCCGGAGGUGACGACUCACUUCUUCAAAGGCUCCGAGUCGGAGAUCAGGCAGUCGGAUAUCUACAAGAUCACCGUGCCCAUCUUUGGCCGCGGCGUGCUGUUCGACGUGGAUCUGCCUACCAGGAGCAGGCAGAUCAGCUUCCUGUCCGACGCCAUAAAGCCCGUCAACUUGAGGGGCCAUGUCGAUUCCAUGGUUCGUGAAGUGGAGGACUACUUUGGCAAAUGGGGAGAGCAUGGCACGGUGGACCUGAAGCAGGAGCUCGGGCUGGUGCUCAUGCGGAUCGCCAACCGCUGCCUGCUCGGAGAACAGAUCGGAGACAACAUGUUCGACGAAGUAACCCAUCUCCUUCACGAGCUCUUCGAAAACGGCUUGCACAUGACCAGCCUCUUCUUCCCGUACUUGCCGAUCCCACCGCACCGCCGGCGUGACGCAGCCCGGGCCAAGCUGGGGGAGAUAUUCCACGAGGCCGUCAGAGCACGCAGGGCCUCGGGCCGAGCCGAGAACGACGUGCUACAGAAGCUUGUGGAGUCAAGGUACGCCGACGGCCGCCCCGUAACCGAGAGCGAGAUCGCCGGGCUGCUUAUCGGCAUGAUUUUCGCCGGGCAGCACACGAGUGCCAGCGCCGCUAUCUGGACAGGAGCUUGCCUCCUCAGCCAUGGAGACGGCCGCCACCUGGUGGCCGCCGUCGAGGAGCAGAAACAGAUCAUCGCACGACAUGGCAGGGAACGCGUCGACUACGACGUCCUGCGAGAGAUAGGCAUCCUGCGUUGCUGCAUCAUGGAGGCGCUGAGGAUGCAUGCUCCGGCGAACGUGAUCAUCCGUCAGGCGAACAAGAGCUUCAGCUUGCAAGCAAGAGAUGGCGGCAGAUACGCGAUCCCCAAGGGGCAUACCUUGGUAACCUCGCCGGCGGUGAACAACAGGCUGCCGCACAUCUUCAAGGACCCUCUUGUGUAUGAUCCGUCUAGGUUUGGUCCUGGGAGAGAGGAGGACAAAGUCGGCGGCAAAUUCUCGUUCACGCCAUUUAGUGCCGGGCGGCACGUUUGCUUGGGGGAGGACUAUGCUUACAUGCAGAUCAAGGUGAUAUGGAGCCAUCUGCUAAGGAACUUUGAGCUCAAGAUUAUCUCCCCUUUCCCGGACGAGGAAUGGGAGAAAUUCAUUCCGGGGCCAAGAGGCAAAGUGAUUGUUACUUACAAGAGGCGGCCGCUGGAAUGAGUAUUACUUAGCUUGGGCCAAUUAAUAUAUUACUAUUAUGUAAGGAUGUGUGUGUAAGAACUGAUUUUUUAGUUUGAGUUUUCCUUUUUUACUUUCUCUCCCACCUAAAUGUUCUUUCUUAUAUUG